CAUGCGACAAGUCGGUGCGACUAAUCCCAUCAUGAGAACGCCGCUUAUCUGUAUUAAAGUUUUUACACAUCUUUAUUCGAUAUAUUUAUAUUUUAAAUACUAUAGUAGUACUAACACUAUGCCUUGCAAUUGAUUCAAGUGGCCAAAGAGAUGGCGUCGUCGCCACCGUAAGCCAAGUCCGAACAGCCAUCGUGCAAUGAUCUGUCCUGGUUUCAAGAUCCACGAAGUAAUAUCAAUGGUCAAGUGACCAAUGCGAAACAACCAUGGACCAGGACUUGGUCCAAGACUCGGUCCAUGCGGCUGUGGUACUUCAGGUGACAGCGAAGCCUCCCGUCAAGCGGCACUACUCUGCUGACGACAUGCUGGUCUCGAACGCACCGCAGAUUCAUGCGGUGAACUUACAGUUACGCAAGUCGGAGGGUAAAGACUCUAGCAGACAACACCUGCCCAAAAGGGCCUACGGGUCUCAUGAGUUGCGCCAGUCUGAUGCAGUUCCAUCAAUUCUUGAUGAAACGCUUUCAAGAUUACCUGCAUCACAACUAUCUCCAUCACCAUCAAGUUCGUACUUACCGGGUCCUUCAAACUGUGGACUGUAUCCAGAGUUUGCAGACAUGGUGAUGAUCAAUGAACUGGAUGCCAUCAAGAGAGAGAGAGAUGCAAGAUAUUCUGACAGAGAGGUGUGGAGUAUAUCAAGAUUUAGACAGUCAAGAGUGGAUCUUGUGUUUCUACCACAAUAAGAUCGAAACUUUGAGAGGGAGACUAAUAGAAAAGGAAAAGGAGAAAAAGAAACUAAAAAUGGAGACUGAUGAGGGGAGGCGCAAGACCAAGAAUGGAGGAAAAAGGAGAAGUUUGUUUGAGAGAACUUUUCGGAUAAUUAGAGAUUUAUUUAUCAAGAAAAACCCCACAAAAUAGGUGAAAUAGGGCGAUAUGACUCCUCCCUGUAGAAAUGGAGAACUUAUACUAUUGGGGAUUGCCAUUUUAUUUUUGCAUUAGAAGACCUACUUCACAAAAUUUUAUUUUCCUAUGUUUCUUGGAUGGUAUUACUUGUUUUUAGUGUACGGGGCUAAGGUGUUGUUUCUUUUCCAACGUUUCUUGGAUGGUAUUACUUGUUUUUAGUGUACAGGGCUAAGGUGUUGUUUCUUUUCCAACGUUUCUUGGAUGGUAUUACUUGUUUUACUGUACAGGGCUAAGGUGUUGUUUGUUUUCCAAUGUUUCUUGGAUGGUAUUACUUGUUUAUAAUGUACAGGGCUAAGGUGUUGUUUCUUUUCCAACGUUUCUUGGAUGGUAUUACUUGUUUUUACUGUACAGGGCUAAGGUGUUGUUUGUUUUCCAAUGUUUCUUGAAUAGUAUUACUUGUUUUUAGUGUACAGGGCUAAGGUGUUGUUUGUUUUCCAAUGUUUCUUUGAUGGUAUUACUUGUUUUAGUGUACAGAGCUAAGGUGUUGUUUGUUUUCCAAUGUUUCUUGGAUGGUAUUACUUGUUUAUAAUGUACAGGGCUAAGGUGUUGUUUCUUUUCCAACGUUUCUUGGAUGGUAUUACUUGUUUUUAGUGUACGGGGCUAAGGUGUUGUUUCUUUUCCGUUUCUUGGAUGGUAUUACUUGUUUUUACUGUAUGGGGCCAAGGUGUUGUUUGUUUUCCAACGUUUCUUGGAUGGUAUUACUUGUUUUAGUGUACAGGGCUAAGGUGUUGUUUGUCUUUCCACGUUUCUUGGAUGGUAUUAUUUGUUUUUACUGUACGGGGCCAAGGUGUUGUUUGUUUUCCAACAUUUCUUGGAUGGCAUUACUUGUUUUUAGUGUACAGGGCUAAUGUGUAGUUUGUUUUCCAACGUUUCUUGGAUGGCAUUACUUGUUUUUAGUGUACGGGGCCAAGGUGUUGUUUGUUUUUCAAUGUUUCUUUGAUGGUAUUACUUGUUUUUAGUGUAGUGCUAAGAUGUUGUUUGUUUUCCAGUGUUUCUUUGAUGGCAUUACUUGUUUUUAGUGUACAGGGCUAACGUGUUGUUUGUUUUUCAAUGUUUCUUGAAUAGUAUUACUUGUUUUUUGUGUACAGGACAUUAGGAGGUGUUUGUUUUCCAAUGUUUCUUGAAUAAUAUUACCUGAUUUUAGUGUACAGGGCUAAGGUGUUGUUUGUUUUUCAAUGUUCCUUGAAUAGUAUUACUUGUUUUUAGUGUACAGGGCUAAUGUGUCGUUAGCUUUCCAAUGUUUCUUGAAUAUUAUUACUUGUUUUUAGUGUACAGGGCUAAGGUGUUGUUUGUUUUCCAAUGUUUCUUGAAUAAUAUUACUUGUUUUUAGUGUACAGGGCUAAGGUGUUGUUUGUUUUCCAAUGUUUCUUGAAUAAUAUUACCUGAUUUUAGUGUACAGGGCUAAGGUGUUGUUUGUUGUCCAAUAUUUCUUGGAUGGUAUUACUUGUUUUUAGUGUACAGGGCUAAGGUGUUGUUUCUUUUCCAAUAUUUCUUGGAUGGUAUUACUUGUUUUUAGUGUACAGGGCUAAGGUGUUGUUUGUUUUUCAAUGUUUCUUGGAUGGUAUUACUUGUUUUUAGUGUACAGGGCUAAGGUGUUGUUUCUUUUCCAAUAUUUCUUGGAUGGUAUUACUUGUUUUUAGUGUACAGGGCUAAGGUGUUGUUUGUUUUCCAAUGUUUCUUGAAUAUUAUUACUUGUUUUUAGUGUACAGGGCUAAUGUGUUGUUAGCUUUCCAAUGUUUCUUGAAUAAUAUUGAUUUUAGUGUACAGGGCUAAGGUGUUGUUUGUUUUUCAAUGUUUCUUGAAUAAUAUUACUUGUUUUUAGUGUACAGGGCUAAGGUGUUUUUUGUUUUCCAGUGUUUCUUGGAUGGUAUUACUUGUUUUUAGUGUACAGGGCUGAGGUGUUGUUUGUUUUCCAAUGUUUCUUGGAUGGUAUUACUUGUUUUUAGUGUACAGGGCUGAGGUGUUGUUUGUUUUCCAACGUUUCUUGGAUGGUAUUACUUGUUUUCCAAUGUUUCUUGGAUGGUAUUACUUGUUUUUAGUGUACAGGGCUGAGGUGUUGUUUGUUUUCCAAUGUUUCUUGGAUGGUAUUACUUGUUUUUAGUGUACAGGGCUAAGGUGUUGUUAGCUUUCCAAUGUUUUUUGAAUAUUAUUACUUGUUUUUAGUGUACAGGGCUAAGGUGUUUUUUGUUUUCCAGUGUUUCUUGGAUGGUAUUACUUGUUUUUAGUGUACAGGGCUGAGGUGUUGUUUGUUUUCCAAUGUUUCUUGGAUGGUAUUACUUGUUUUUAGUGUACAGGGCUGAGGUGUUGUUUGUUUUCCAAUGUUUCUUGGAUGGUAUUACUUGUUUUCCAAUGUUUCUUGGAUGGUAUUACUUGUUUUUAGUGUACAGGGCUGAGGUGUUGUUUGUUUUCCAAUGUUUCUUGGAUGGUAUUACUUGUUUUUAGUGUACAGGGCUAAGGUGUUGUUAGCUUUCCAAUGUUUUUUUAAUAUUAUUACUUGUUUUUAGUGUACAGGGCUAAUGUGUUGUUUGUUUUCCAAUGUUUCUUGGAUGGUAUUACUUGUUUUAGUGUACAGGGCUAAUGUGUUGUUUGUUUUCCAAUGUUUCUUGGAUGGUAUUACUUGUUUUUAGUGUACGGGGCUGAGGUGUUGUUUGUUUUCCAACGUUUCUUGGAUGGUAUUACUUGUUUUUAGUGUACAGGGCUAAUGUGUUGCUUGUUUUCCAACGUUUCUUGAAUGGUAUUACUUGUUUUUAGUGUACAGGGCUAAUGUGUUGUUUGUUUUCCAACGUUUCUUGGAUGGUAUUACUUGUUUUUAGUGUACAGGGCUAAUGUGUACAGGGCUAAUGUGUUGUUUGUUUCCAACGUUUCUUGCAUGGUAUUACUUGUUUUUAGUGUACAGGGCUAAUGUGUUGUUUGUUUUCCAACGUUUCUUGCAUGGUAUUACUUGUUUUUAGUGUACAGGGCUAACGUGUUGUUUGUUUUCCAACGUUUCUUGAAUGGUAUUACUUGUUUUUAGUGUACAGGGCUAAGGUGUUGUUUGUUUUCCAAUGUUUCAUGAAUAGUAUGACUUGUUUUUAGUGUACAGGGCUAAGGUGUUGUUUGUUUUUCAAUGUUUCUUGAAUAGUAUUACUUGUUUUUAGUGUACAGGACAUUAGGAGGUGUUUAUUUUCCAAUGUUUCUUGAAUAAUAUUACCUGAUUUUAGUGUACAGGGAAGGAACAGGCAACCAAACGACGUUCACAGACUGGUUUUCAGUAGAGCCGGUUUUCGAAUGUGUAAUAUUGGACGUUGGUGCUGAGCAUCGCUGGUCCAACGCAAACUGCACCCAUCAUCCCUUGCCUGAAGGCUUUGUGAACUCACAGUACCAUUAAGCAACUUUGGCUAAAUGAAGAAAACACUUACUAACCAAACAAAUCGAAUUAGUAAGUCUUGAAGACUUUGUGAAAUCACCGUGCAAAAAUAUAUGGGCAGAGAGCAUUUGGUUUUGGUGUUACUUUACUGAAAACAAUAUUCCCUUCUGCAUAUUUUCGCUAAAGAUUAAAUACUUUAUAAAAUAAAGUACAUCAUGAAUGUAUACUGAAAUAAAAUUGGUGUUACACAAAGAGA